GAAGAUUCUGCCAAAGAUCGCAGGCUCAGAAGCACGUGUGAAGAAGAAGCAAUGGUGGACAGCAGUGAUAAGAAAUUACCAGUAUUGGAAAUUGGAAAAGUUCGAAGUGUUGGUGGAAAAUCUGUGUCGAGAAUUACAUUUAGUAAAGAUUCAAAGUAAGGCUUGUUGCUGUAUUAUUAUGAAAUGACAUUUUCGUUUUCUGUAAUGUAUUAUCAGUAUUAAUGAAAUACCAUAUUCCCUAUUUAAUAUUAAAUAAUAGGGAAUCUGGAAAUUGGUAUUUGAUAUAUAUGUUUAUAUACUUUAAAUACUGUUACCCAUUACCACUGAUGUAUAUAUUUUAAUAUUGCUUAGGAAAUGUCUUUAUAAAUUGAAAAGAGAAAGUGUCUUUUGAGUUCUGUUUGCACUCUCACUAGGGGUGCACCGGAACCAGUUUUUUAAGUUCCGGCCGGAACCGGAUCCAACCGGAACUGGAAAAAGUUCCGGCCAGAACUUCCGGCCGGAACCGGAACUAAUUUAUUAAGCCAUAUAUGGUCAUAUGUUACUUUGUCUGCUGCCAGACAGGCAGACACUUCAAGUCAUCAAGGAGAGAGCUCGCAAAUGUUAGAAUAAAAAGAUUGACAAGCGUUAAACGUCACAAUGAAGUGUUAAUGGUGUACAUUUCCCUUGCGUAGUCCAAAUUUCUUACUACUGUGACCUUUUGUUAGACACAAAAACGUUUGAUAUUCUAUCUCUCUGAAAACAACAGAGUUCCGGUCCCGGCCAUGCUUUUUUUACUAGUUCCGGCCGGAACCGGAACUCUAAAAAAUCGGGGUUCCGGCCGGAACUAACCGGCCGGAACCGAGUUCCGGUUCACCCCUAACUCUCACUGCUUGGAUUGAAGGAAUACCAAAUGGUUUUCUAUGCAGGAUUGCGUGAUCCAUGCACGCGGAAUGUUGCGAGACUUUUGGAAAGCGUGAAAAUACACAAGCCAUAGGCGAGUGUAUUUUUACGAUUUCCGAAAGUCGAGCAACAUCCGAAGUGCAUGGAUCAUGUUAUCCUGCAUGGGAAAACCAUUUGGUAAUUGUUUUUCUAAAAUUACUACAGUGAAAUGACGGUUAAUUUUAUCAAAAUUACUGAUGAAAUGUGCAGUUCUCACAACAAUCGUGAAUUAACCAAUCGGAGAAUCGCUAUUCCACGCUAUUGAAAACAACAACAAAUGUGAACAGAAUUUGAUCGCAAAUUCGCAAAAAUAUACAGUGAAAAUACCGAGACUUUUUCAAUAAAAUAUACAAAAUUUGAAAUGGAAAACCCGCUAUUAAAACAGAGAGCCAAAGUAGUUUUGAAGAUUCUCGACCUGAAUACUUGAAGAUUGCGAAGCAUUUGAACUUUGAAGCGAGAGAUGUUGUACUUGCCAUGGUUUGAUGAAUUUCAACGCUACGCAUUGCUACUUGCUGAACAGCAAUGUAUCAAUCAGAAAUUUAUUCAUACAACUAAACCAAUGUCUCAAUAAUUGCAAACUUACUUCAAAGUCGAAAGGUAUCGUAUAAUGAAACUUUACAAUGCGAGUAACUAUAUUUGUAAAAUUAUGUGCAAGAAUUUCUGUUCAGAAUUUCCCAUGCAGGAUUGUCUGAUCCUGCACGGCUGUUGACCAAUCAAAUUGCGUGUUUCACUGUAGUUAUUAUAUAAAAUUUAUAUCCAUUGCAUUGACCAAACUGGAAUCUUUGUAGUGGUAGAGAAAAUCUUCUCCAUGAUAUUUCCUGUGAGAUCAUCUCCAUCCACACCAAAAACUAUAAAAACUGUUCCUGGCAUUGCAGUUGUUAAUUAAAAACAAAAAUUGGCCUGGCCAGUUUGCAGAGCAUGGCAAGUGCACACACAGUUUUAUUUGUAGCUCAUUGUAUGUGCAUGCAAAAGUGUCAGUUAAAUCAGCUUGAAAUGGUGCUUAAACGGUAACUGUUUGUGAUCGGAAGUUGUCCUAUUUUGAUGCCAGUGAAAUGUGAAUUAUAGCAAACAAAAGUGAAGAUUUAACAUCCAAGAAUAGGUUAUAUGCACACAGAAAUCCUAAUACCUAUCCAUUCACACACAAUGGACGCCACUAAAUUGGGUUUACAACACAGUAGAUAGCUUAAGAUUUAUGAUAUUGACGUCAGCUACACAUCAAGGCUGAGCAGAGGACUGGGACUAGGACGUCAUCCUAAACAAAUAGAUAGUUUUAGAUUCUGCAACGUCAAACAUCCUGAAUGGCAAGCGGAAGUAAAUUGGCAAUAUCUCCAUGCAUCUCUCUCAAAUUAUUAUUGCUUGUCCACGGCCAAAAUUGACAACUUCACAACAAGAGUUUUGCCAUUGUGUAUACAAGAGCAUAACAGAUGGUAAUAAAUUUCAAAAGGAUUUGAAUAUUUAUAGUUUGAAGGUUGAUCAAUGUUGUGAAAGUGGAUGUUUAUUUAUUUAGGACUACAUCCUAGUCCCUGUCCUCUGCUUAGCCCUGACAUCCUAGCUGAUGUCGACAUCAUAAAUGCCGAGCUAUACAGGAAGAGAAAUUAUUUUCUAGGCAUGGUCGAUGCCCUGUUUCUUGGCAGAUAUGCCCUGGUGACAUCCUGUACUUUACAGCCAGAAGUGGCCUGCUCUCAACCUCAGUAAAACCUCAGUGAAAUAUCUGAAUACAAAAAUAUGUGCAUGGUACAGUAAGGUGUUUCAAAUAACAACUGAAUGAAAGUUUCAGACUGGUGGCUUUGAUGAAGAAAAAACAUGCUAACAUUCAAAGCCAAACUGGCAUUAACUUUUCUUUUCCUAAAUUUGAGGCAAAUUCUUCUUUAUCUAGGUCAUUAUUUUGUGCAUAUGGCAGUCAAAUACGAAGACACAACGUAUUGACAGGAGAGUUAGUUUCAGUGUUAGAUGGUCAUGAUGAUGAGGUCACCGAUAUCUGUAUUAGUGAUAAAAAUCAACUUCAGGUAUCCUAACAUGAAAUAUGUCUUUUGUUAUUUCUAUUUGUUGUUGAACAGUGAUUUACAAAUCUGAGUCACUCUGCUCUGUCUUGUUGUAUGUAUGCCCAUUGUCUCUGAGAUCAUUCUCUGUCAUUCUUGUCCAUAUUUUUGUGAUCGUCCUAUUUUCCUAGUUCAUGAUUGCAAUUUUUAAUUUUCAGCUGAUAUCUUGCUCCUUGGAUAAGAAUAUUUAUUUCUGGGAUGUGUUAGAUGGGUCGAUCAUUACAGUAAGUUAUGUUACAAGUUGUUGUAAACUAUCAUGUAAUAUAUUUAUUGCAUUUCAUGAAAUCUGUAUCCACACACCAGGUAACCAGUAAUAUCCACACAAAUAUGCUAAGGUUAUGCCCCCACAGUUAUUGCUCCUUGAACACUUACGUGUUAUGGCAAUGCCAACUGAUCACAGUCAUGGCCAUGGCUUACCAAUGUCAACUGCAAAAAUAUUUCCCCCCUAAAAUUAUUUUCUGACCUACCUACCCUAUUUUGUUCCAGACAUAAAACCAGAACCACAAUAUUUUGGCCUAAUACAUUGCAUAUUAUUUUUUAUUAUGGAAUUCUUUUUAUGUUUCUUUGUAAAGAAAUGCAGCUCAAAAUACCCUUUGCAUGGAGUAACUGUUCGCAAAGAUCAUCCCAACACAAUAUUUAUUGUACAAGAAAAUAAAAAAAGUAAGUUUGUUUAAACAACUUGCUUAGAUUUACAUUGUUUGUAAUAUAAUAUAGUAUGUAAGAUAAGCUAUCAAAAGAUUUUCAACUAUUUCAAUUUGUUUUACUGCAGGAAAUGGGACAUUUUGGUUUGGAAAGGCCAGUAUUACAUCUGAAAACAAAAGUGUAAAAGGUCUAAACAAGGUUGAUUCUUUUCUGAAGUUUCAGAAAAUUUGCAAGAUUGUAAAGAGUCCUGACUCUUACUGUUUUAGUGAGAAGGUAGUGUAUGAUUUAUCAUAUAUUUCAAAAUUAAUAUCAUAAUAUUACCUCAUAAUAUUACCUCUAAUAGGACCCCUCUGUAAACCACUACUUGUGAAGUUGGUAUCCUCAUUAAAAAUUAUGUUCAUUCAUUCAUUCAUGAAAGGAAAUUAAUUUAACAAUAUUUUCAAUUUGUUUUUUAAAAAACUUGCUUGGAUAAUUAGUUACCUAACUUCUCAGAAAAGCAGCUGUGAGGAAUUGUGAAAAUGCUGUGCUGAAUGGUUAUAUUAUGCUGAGCUGAGUGGUUAUAACUCUUGACGAAGGGCUUUCGCUCGAAACGUCGAGUUUCUGCUUAUUUUUUAAGGUAGUAAUAUAACCACUCAGCACAGCAUUUUCACAUUGGUACUACCCACACUGGUACAGACAGUUUUAGUAUGUGAGGAAUUGUGAAUACCCAAAAUGUUGUACUAGCAUUUUGUCAAAGAGUCGCCAUUGUAUACUCUGUUGGUGAUACUGUAAAAUAGAGUUAGGGUUUUAAAGUACUUCUGAAUUGCUGUACAAGGUUUUACGUUCUAUAACCAAGUUGGCGUACAUUUCAUCGAUAUUGACGUGCGAUUUUCGAAACUACGAGCGUCUACCGAGUUUUGAAAGCAUGAGGAGAUGAGCUUUACUGCAGGGAGAAAUUCCAGUCAACUUACGAGCACACGGUCUAAAGCAAUUUUGGGAAGAUAAUGUGAGAUGGAAGGGACGAAAACGUAGGGAUAUAUGGAUUUUCCACAAUGUGAAGAGUGAUUGAAUUGAGUAUUAAAAAAAGGUCCUCAUGUCUAAACUCAAUGCAGGAAAACUGCAUCAAAUCUGCCUUCAUCAAUUAUUAACUAUGGAGUAAGUGUAAUUGAAGAAACUGAAGGAGUAAAAUGAAGAAAUUUGACACUUCCUGCUACAAGUGCUUUCACCCUCAAGUCGUACAGAAUACAAAUACUAUUUGUAAAGGCUGUACCGAGACUGCAAAGUGUGGAGGAUGUUGUAGAAAUGGAGAAAUGUAGCUUUAGCAUAGGAAACUACCUCAGAGGAAACGUAUACAGUAGGCUGGAGAAAGGCAAGAAAGAAAGGAAACUAAAAAACCCGUCACAAACAAGGAACAUUUUUGGAAGGGAACCAUCACAAACAGAAGCAUUACAUCCUGUAUUCAGCAAAGGAGGGAAGGAAUAAGAAAGAAUCAUGGCAGUGGUUAAGAAAGGAACAUGAAAGAAGGAACCAGAAAAAAUGAUCCUAAGAUUUUAUUUUAUCCUAAGAUUUUAUUUUAACCCACAGUAGAAUUGCAAUCUAGGAUCUGUGACCAUUUAGAUUCAACCAAUGUGUCAGAAUGCACUGAGCUCUCUUGCUUUAGAAUCAGGGAUAUAAUAAAAUUUACCCGGUGUGGAUAUACACUCAGAGUAACAUCACAAACAUCAUAUUCACCUGAGUACACAACACCAACACAGAAAAAAUUUACCCUGCUAUACACAGAGAUUUGUGUAAGAAGAAUGGAUUUAGAAAUACAGAAAAGAUGUGCAAUCACAAUAGAGAAUAUGGUAGAGUUCUAAAUCAACCAAAGCUAGAAAGAAACUAGAAUUAUAGUGUAUAUUGUAGUCAGAUUUAGUCAUAUUGAUUAAGUAGAUCGGGGGAAUAUCUAAAAAUAAGAACAAGGGGAUUCUCGCAAUUUGAUUGCAUGAGUGGGCAGAAUUCUUUGGUUUAAUUCAGUACGUAUGAUAAAGAAACAUUAAGGACACGUACAAACACUGUUUAGAGGCAAACUUUGACAUAGACAUGUCAUGUACGUAGACAUUGGUGCCUGACUGCUCUUGCCACAAUCUCUAAUUUAAAUACUGUACUGUUUAUUUCUUGUCAGUCUUUGAACAUUGACAUUGUAGAGUCUGUUAUGUUGUAUUGCGACGGUGAGCACCUUGCAUGGGAGUUUGUGUCUCGUUCGUGCUUUAAUUUGGCCGUUUGGGUCUUCUACAAAUUGUGCUUAUGUUGUUGUAUAGUUGAGGUUUUGUUUGUCAGUUGUUGCAUUUGUUCUUGUGAGUGUUUGUCAUAUCGUGUUUAGACUAUAGUAGAUUUUGUAGAAUACUCAAUAAAAUCACGAAGAUAAGUAUUGCUCUACAGGUAAAGUUGAAGGAGUGGUACCAAUGCUGUCAACAUCCCCUGUGCAAGGAAACCUCGCACAACGUGAUUGCAUUUGGUCUGGAGCAACAAUCGAUGACAUGAUCUCAGAAAUGUAAGGCGCUCGCAUUGAGAAAGUUGGAAAAAGAGAUUUGCGAUGAAAAUUGAACGACCCAAAGCAGUAUAGUAGGUCAUCGCAAGUCAAUUCAGGUUGUCAGCCAACGAGCUAGAACUUCAAAAAUCUUGGGUCUUGCACUAACCGUUCAUGUUCUGGACAAAUUUAGACCAGAUUUAGACUCUUACGUACGUGAGAUUGGGACAGUCAAACAAUAACUAUUUUUAAAAGGAAAGUCAAGAAUUUAUUUAAUUAAUGAUAUAUUUGUAAAUAGGUAAUUUAACUAUGUCAUUUGAUAAUUGUAAUUAGGCCUGAAAAGCCCCAUGGGGAGGUUCUAAUAAAGUAUUGUAUUGUAUACUGUAUGAGCGACGAUUUUGGUUCGUUCAAAGUGUUGUCUCUGUGUGAGAAAUUUUAAUACUCGGAUCUGUGCAUGUGAAGUCAUUUCGCCAGCUAGACCGAGCCGAGUACGUACCAACAGGCCGGAACGAAUUUGCAGCGGAGAUAUUUCAUCAUUAACAACUGUAUCGCUUGUGGAUAAUGGGUGCCUGGGUCAUCCAAUACGAACUUUCCGAUAAUAAGCACCCAAGUCUAGAAGAAUUUCCGAACAAUGCGUGCCUGUUGUUUGCGCAUGCUCAAACACUAACAGCUGCUGACCUACUAUCGCCAUGCGCAUGCUGGUAUGCCAGAAAUCACUGACCUUACUAACACACUAACUGCGCUCUUUGUUGUUAACUUAGUUAAAUUGCAUUUAACUGCAUUAAACGCAAAAUAUAUUCUAAGUUUCAGAACAAUCAUACAAUGUUGAUAAUAUGCAACUGCAGACAGGAUUAACAAGAUUGAUCGUCAAUUGCAUUUUUGAAAUAUGUGAUGUAAUAUAUAAUGAACUUGAAAGCGUUUAUUACCGACAUAUAAAAUACCGAAAAGUGCGUUGAAAACGAGGCACUAGCCGUGGUUCUUCCACAUACUUUGAGGUUUUUUAUACGCCAGUAAUAAACAGCUUUCGAGCUGGUUUUAUCAUCUCAAACUGACUUUUAUUUAAAGAGGAAUUCAAACAUAAUGAUUCAAGGCGAUAGUUGAGAUGGCGGUGAUUUCCGUUGUUCAGUAUUUUGCUCAUGAAUUAUUAAUGAGUUUGAGAAAGAAACAAGAAUGAUUUCCGACCAAUCUCAAUUUCAUGUCAACUUACUAUGUAAUUUCGAUUUUAGUCCCACUCUUAUUUCGUCCUGGUCCCAUGUCCAGCAAGUGAAGCCUUAAAGAUAAAGAGUGUAGCUAGGGACACGUUACCAAUUGAGUGGUAGUAUACUUAAAUUCAUUUCUCGUCUGAAUUUGCUGUUGUUUCUAGGGAGAACAAGUUGCUGUGAUCUCAAAGAACAAUCUACAGAUUUGGCAUUGCAAGAGGGAAAUUCUUCAAAAGUAAGAUAAUUUACUUAGUUAAACAAAACUAUAGCUAUAUAUUAUAUAUAGUGUACUCAUAGUCUCAUACCGUAUAGUUAAAAAUUUUUCAUGUAUUUUUAUAGACAUUAUUCCAAGGCUCCUCUUACAUCGGUUGCAUUCCAUCCAUUUGAUUCUUGCGUGGCUACUGGACAUGACAAUGGUAAAAUUAUAAUAUGGUACGUAUAUUGUUAUAUGCAUUGUUUCACUAAUAAUAGUGAGUAAAACCGUCGUUGUUCGUAAGUUGACAAGUAUAACUUCAUUUUAGGAGGAAUCUUGAAGUAGAUUCAGAACCAGUUUGUACAAAGCUUCAUUGGCAUGCCCACUCAGUAGCAAGUUUGAAGUUUAGUAAUGACGGUAUGUAAUUAUAUUGCAUGUACAUGGGCUUUUAAGAAGGUUAUAAAUAAAAAAACUUGUAUUUAGUGUUAAGCCAUUAUAAGUGUACUAUGACACGUACUUACUACGACUGACAUUAUGAAUCAAUCGAUCCAUUCUGUAGUCCCACUUAGAAAAUAGUCACCAAUGAAAAUGUUUCGCCAAUUGUAAUUUGCCAUAAUAGGAAAGAUGGCGGUACGUCGAUCUGAAAAGUAAAUUUGCGAAUUUAAAUUGGCUGCAAUAACGGUUAAAAAAUAGUUGACAUCAAUGACAUGCCACAUUAAUUUAGUGAGGAUUGGCUUUCUUUUUAUGGAUUUUAGACUUUUAGUGUCCGUAUCCAGUCAUAUUCUUGUGAACUGAAACAAAACCCAACGUAUAUAUAAGAUCCGAAAGACAGCGACAUGUCCAUUUCGCCAUGCUCUUUCGCGGACAGAAGAUGUCAUGCAUUUUUUUUAACAGAUAUUGUUUUGUAGACACAAGAUUUCGUCAAAAGGAUGCCAAUCUUCACCAAAUUGAUGUGACAUGUCAAAUCGUAGCCGACUUAAAUUAUGGCGGAUUUUCUGGGUAGACGGUAUUUUCUGGGUAGACUUGUAUUGUAAACAUACACAGGUUUUGAACAUUGUUAAGUCAUUCAGCUGCCAAAAAUUAAAGCACAAAAGCUUGAUGUGUUACAUGUAUCACAGCACAUAAAUACAUAAUAGUGUCAUGCCUGUAGAUUUUAGUUUUGUGGAGGUAGCCAAUCGUUGAAUGGAACAAGGCUAUGCUAGGGCAGCCGUGGAGCUCUGAAGUCCACCAUGCAAGCCAACCAAAACUAUAGUCACCUGGGGACAAGGGGGCCUGAAAUAGCUGCUCAUGAUUGAUGAUGAGAGUUUGGAGUUAGCCAGUAACUCCAGGCUGGAUAGCUGGCUCCACAUGAUUUUUGGAGUUAUUAUCCAGGUUUAGAUACAUAUCUGCACUACCUCAACAUGAUUUUUGGAGUUGACCUGUAACUCCACGAUUUUUAAUUCAACUUAAUUAUGAAGUUUUGAAGCGAACAUUUUGAAUUUGGAGUUAGCCCCUUAGACUAUAAUAGACAGAUUUAGAUCGAGAACGGGAACGUCAAAGACGACGUGAAAAUGGCGUGACGUCUCGGUACAUGGGCACCAUUUUCACGUCGUCUUUGACGUCUGCGUCCUCGAUCUAAAUCUGUCUAAUGUCGCUCCAUGGUUCCCUAACUUCUGCAGCCAUGUGUAGUAGAAUUAUGAAGUUUGAUGCCAAGACUGAAACAUUGCGUAUAUGUACAUUUUAGGUGCUUAUUUAUAUUCAGGAGGUGAAGAGUCAGUUUUAGUUUUCUGGCAAAUAGAUUCGAAUCAUAAACAAUUUAAACCUCGUCUUGGUGCACCUAUAGCUCAUAUUUGUAACAGCCAAGAUGAUACAGUGAUUGCUGUAUGUCAUACUGAUAAUGGUAAGAUUUAACAUUCAUCAUUCAAAUUCCUAAUCCAUAACGUUACAUAAUGUAAUAUAUUUUAUCAACAUUCAACAACAUUCAUACAACAAUUGUAUUUCGUGACAAAAACUCUAUAGUGUAAACGUGUUUAAAAUUAAAAGAACCUACUUAAACGGUUUCAACAGCAUAUAGAUUUCAAAAUUUCCCGGGGGAGGAUGAAAAUUUGGAUAUACCAAGAAUCAAUGUAUACUUACCGGUACAUCAACCUUUUUCCAAUAUUGCUUACGUCAUAGUUAUCACGAACCAUGGCGAUAAAUAUGAUUCGAAAACUUUGCAAAAAAAUGUAAACGUUUCCAAGCAUGAAAAGGAAGGAACUAAAAAAUAAAUCGAUUAAAACAAUCAGCUUGUACUGUGAUCAGUGUGAACCAUUGUAAUUGUGUUUCCUUUAGUGAUUAAUUUAGUGUCAGCUGUGGAUCUGUCUGUUGUGAAUGUUGUCCAAGGUCUUGCACGGGGUAACUAUACAAUCAUUACACUACAGUACCUUUAUUUCGCUUCAAUCUAUGACAGUACCUUUAUUUUGCUUCAAUUUAUGACAGCACCUUUAUUGCGCUUCAAUCUACGACAGUACCUUUAUUUCGCUUCAAUCUAUGACAGUACCUUUAUUUUGCUUCAAUUUAUGACAGUACCUUUAUUUCGCUUCAAUCUACGACAGUACCUUUAUUUCGCGUCAAUUUCGUUGGUAUAUACGUCUGCUGUUUUUUCAUUUGUUUUAUAUUUACUUCUACCAGGAGGUUAUGUUUUCAUCUGUGAUUGUAUAUGUGUGUCUGUUUGUGGGACUAAUGGACAUUGCCCAAGGACAAAUUGAUUAAAUUUUGGUAACAUUUUCAUGAACAUUGGAUGAGAAAGUAGCAAAGGCUUGUCUUGUUUUGCCAGGCAGAGUAAACUGAAUGUGUAAUUAACCCAUUGUAUAAUUUAUGCAUGAUACACAUAACUUAAUUCGCUGACGGAGGUAUGCAGUCUCCAAGUGCCCUCUAGCUCAACCUAAUAUGGUUUGGUAAAUGUUUUGUAGCCAAUCAAGUAUAUACUGGUCUUGUGUCAGAUCCCUUGAGUAAAUCAUUGGUACUCAACAGUCAAGAUGGUAACUUGCAGUUUUACAAGCCUGAUACUGAUAGUUUGGCUUUUACAGUAAGUGAAAGUGUGUUAUUUACGAAAAUACUAAAGGGAGAGAAGGUGCCCGCAACCUCGUACCCAGGUUCUCAAUCUUCGCUCGUACCUCGCUUGAAUUGAGACCCUGGUAUCGGCUGGUCACGUGACCCGUCAUAUUUUCACGGAUUUGCUCAAUUGUUUUAGGGAAAGUAUAGUAAGUAGAUAUUGUAGUAAACAAUAUUGUUAAAAUAACAUUAUACAAAACAAAACAUCUCAGUUACUAUCUUUUUCCUAAAAACAAUUGAGCAAAUCCGCCACAAUAUGACGGGUCACGUGACCAGCCGAUACCAGGGCCUCAAUUCAAGCGAGGUAGGAGCGAAGAUUGAGAACCAGGGUACGAGGUUGUGUAAACCCGAUUCCCAAUUGUAGAAUGAACCAGACAUACAGUGCGGUUCCAAAUUUGAAGGCCAGUCCCAGUCUUUUCACGCAUGCGAAGAGCGCUCAAUCCGUCAAUCAUGUUGACCCCCAGACACGCGUGUCUUCAAGAAAAAGAUACUCCUUUCAGUCAUUAGGCAACUUUAUUUGAAGGUAGCAUUCCAGUUAUAUUCAUUUCAGUGGAACAAACUAACAAUUAAGUUAACAACCUAACAGACUAACAAACUCACACACCGAAUACAAAGCGAUGCGUAACUUCGUUUCGACACCGAAAUCAACAAAUUUCAAACAAUACCAUAACAUUUGUAAAUUCAUAGACCAAAUAGGGUGCUACAUUUCUUACUUUUGUGACCAGAUGGUAUGAAUUAAUGGACUAUUUUUAUUUUUAGUUGGACAUAGUGAGACAAAACUACAUUUCCAAACCUAAAAAUGAACCAUUGCAGAUGACAGUCGUGGAGCAAAUAUCGUUUUCAAACGAUGGCACUUGGCUUGCAACUGUAAGUAUACUGUACCUGUAGUUUGUCCUGACUCGUAUCCAACUCACGACUUUGGACAGCUCACAUAUACCUAUAGUCACAAUUGUUCAGGUUUAAGAAAGUACCGAAUAGAACAAAUUAAAUUAACUAGGCAUUAGAAUUACAUACACAUGUGACAUUAAUUGUAUACAUAAUUUAAAAUGGUUUGGUACCGUAAUUUGGGUCCCAACGAUGUAAACAAGUUAUAUAUUGGAUUUUUUUGUCCGGAAAUGGAUCAUUGGGUACUAACUGCGUUUUACUUGGAAAGAUUGUGAUUGUCGUUAUAUUAUAUUCGUGGAAUUUUGGUUUUCCUGUUAGGUGGAAAGACGGGACGACGGUAAAAUGACGCCUGAAAACCGGUUGAAAUUUUGGAAGUUUAAUAAAGAAAUGCAAAGGUAAACUAACGAUUUGACUAUUCGUUGACAACUUGUCAAUGUGCAUGGAACACGAUUUUAGUACCAAACUGUCAACACAAUACCUUACAAUAACUAGCUACUAUCAGGACGCAGAUACUAUCAUGGAAGAUGCGCGGCCUGGAUUAUACAAUGUCAUAUAUAUAUAUAAAGAAUCGCAACUUUCUCUGACCAAGUAUUUUUAUUUAGCUACUGGCUUUUGGCUAUCAGAUCUAUAGCCUUCAACAGUAUAUAAGAAAUGUGGCAAUAUAUACAGUAUAAUACAAGAAUAUAUACAGUAACUACUCCCUAUUUUCCGUAGACACGUGCUAAACACAUGUAUAGAUCCCCCUCACGAAGGAAAAGUGGUUGCUGUCGAGUUUCAGCCAGGUUCAUUUGAUAUUCGACGUGCCAUGAGUGCUGCUUUAGAUGGGAAGUUUAAAAUCUGGAUUUUGAAACCACAACCUGAUAUAAAAGGUAAUUAAACUGUUGGGAUUACACAUGCAACUUAGUAGGAUAAGGUAAUUACACUGAAACUUAAAUUUACCACUGAUAUCUUAUGAAAAUAGCAAAUCCAGUUUACUAAGUUUAUUUUUUGAUGUUUUUUUUCCAAUAUUAAAACUGUAUGAGUAAAAUAUUUGGCGAUAUCAUUCAAUUAAUAUUGUUCUCUGAAGGUCAAAACUUACAAGGACAAACCUCGACCUAUAUGUCCCUAUUCAUGGUUCUACUGCAUUUUAUCGUGGCAUUUUGCAGGGAGUUCUAAGUUUUUCAUGUCCUUAGCUCUCAACUAGAGAUUUUUUUCGUUUUGAACUUCAAUCAAGCUGGAGUAGGGAGGGUAGAUAUGGUUAUAGAGAGCUGCCCCUUACCGCUAUACUAAACCUGCUACUGUGAUUACCCCCUACACAGCAAAACUCGUAUUAGAGGGUUGGUUGGUUCUCGUAUGUCCUUUGAGGGUUGUCGUCUUGGUUCUCCGGUCUAUUCCCUCGCCAAAAACUGAUUGAGCAACCACGCAAAAAAUAAUUGAGCAACCUCGCACGGCUGCGUAAACAUCAUCAAAGGAAUAAUUAUAUUAAGCUAUAUUGUAAAGAAUGUCGUGUUGCUAUUUCAGAGCAUAGAGAAGCUUGGCUAUGUCAGUCUGUGGGAUAUCUUCGAGAUGAACCUGUGGAUGAUGCAACAUUUUCCUCCGACGGAUCUUUGUUGGCUGUUGUUUAUGGACAGGUAAGUGUUCUACGUGCACGAACAAUUCAAAUCACUGGUUCGUGGAUCUCUUCCGUUGGACGACGUCACCACUUCCUUACCAUUGAAAUUUGGGUUAGAAUGUUUAUAGGCUGUUGAAGCCCCCCAAUUCAAUGUUUGGACUUUUACUGUAUGUAAACAAAGUGUUAUGCAUGCAUUGUACAGUAUCACGCGUAUUGCACCUAUUCGCAAGUUUAUGCAUCUUCUUUAUUGUUUAGUAAGUAACAAUCCAGUUCUGAACUUAAUCCCUUCUUCAGGUUAUAACAUUAUGGGAUCCUUGUAUUAAUGAACAAAAGACAACAUUGUAUUCUCCCUAUGCUCAAAAUAUCAGGUACGAAAUUUAGUUGGUGUUAAAUGAAUGCCAAUUUUUACGCAUACCCAAAAUGUGAAUUCGUUGUUGCAUUUUGACUUUGUUAACGUAGGCAUCUUUUUCUGAUAUAGAAGAGUAACGUUUGGUAGACAAUCGUGUUCUCAUAUCAUAUUAGCCUCAACAACACAUCACCUCAUGGCUUGGGAUUUACUUUCUUGUUCAGGUAUAUAGCGAUGGAAAUCAACAUAUUUGACUUCCAGAAUCAGACAAUGCUUUCGCAAGUUUUAAGUCGAGACGCAAGUUUUAUUUCCUAAAACCUAAUAUGGUUUAUUGGUAUUGGCUCAAUUCUAUACUUUGGGUUGUUCACACUGCUUAUUCUAUCGUUUUCAAGCCUCAGAACUUAAAACUGUUUGCGAUGAUUUUGGUCUGGGACCAAGGCUAAGAUACAUUGUAAUGCUGAUAGUUGAUAGUGAUAUAUUUAUGUGAUUUAUCUACAAUAUGUUUGAAUUACAGUUAUAUGGAAUACAAAAGCUGAAGUUCUAUGUAUUCUUCCCGAUCCAUGCAGUUAUGUAAUGGCUGUCUUCGUUAAAGUGACUGAUGAGGAAGUUCAUCGUAAGUUUAAGACGCGAGUAGUUAAUUGCAAACAUUUCAGUGUUGUUUAUAAGAUGAUCUUGUUCAUUAUACUGUACGAUGUAAUCCAGUUUUAUGCAAGCUUAUUUUCUAAAUAUUGGCCGGGUGUAUACUAGAGACAGUUCAUCCGUGUAAAUAAAAUGUAUCUGUAAACAAACGUAUCUGGCAAACAGAUCGACCUUCCCCCAAAACGAACCGUAGGCGUACGGGACAGGGGGGGUUUUAGAAAACCAGGCCAAAAAAAAAAAUAUGUGGGUUUCCGGUUUCUUCUUAUAAAAACUUAGGUAGGGUAGGUCGGUUUUAACUUUUUUUUUUAAACUUUUUUUUUAAUUUUCCGAACAACCGGACGCCAUUUUGUUUAGUCGGUGCUUCCACAUCCAAAGAUAAAUUUCCUUAAUAUUGCCUCAAAUUUCAAUUUUCCACAAACUUUUUCCUCUAAGUGGAAACACUUACAAGCGUGAUCCAAUAAAAAAGUUUAGGGUCGGGAUUUCGACGUCCAAAAGCUAGGUAGGGUCGGGAAACCGGAAACCCACAUAUUUUUUUUUUUGGCCCCAUGGAAAUUCGGGUAAAUGCUAGGAAAUAUAAAAGUUACAAUCCUCUAUAUUUGCAAACUUUCAACUCCCCCCGGCAUCAGCCCCCCCCCCUGGCAUCAGCCCCGUACGCCUACGAGACGGACUAUCUGCGCAGUUUGUCUUCGCGUACGGUAUCAGGAAAAUAUCAGACACAAUCUGAUCCUGAUGCGUCUUGACAGAUAAUAUGUCUCCUGUUUAAAUCGGGCAGUUCAUUCAAUGAUUUUGGUUUCUUUCACUUCAUUACAGUUUACAUAUUUGAUCCUCAUUCAGCCAUACCUCUCGCUGUUCAAACAAAUGUUUUGCAGAACUCAAGUUUCUUGGCCGGCAGUUUUCAACCUAAUAUGAAAGGUUUAACUGUACAGAAUAAGAAAAGCAAUGUCACUAUGGCUGGGUUAUUUUACAUGAACAGCAAACAGGUACGUACGUGGGCUUGGUUCGUUUAUAAAUUUUCAAUUAAGUGCAGUUGUAUUAAGAGGAGAUUUUUUUGUAUGUUACGUAACACGCGCUCAAAACUAAUGCGUGUAACAUAUCACUUGAGGUUAUGACUAAAUUCAAAAUUUUUAUUUUUUGAUGUUUCUCAAACGGCAAACAAACUUAAAAAGUAUGUUUAAUGCUUUAUCUGUAAAAUAAUGCUAAAAUGAAGAGAUUUUAGAUGAUACGCCAAAGAGAAAAUGAUGUCUGAAGUUCGGUAAGUUUUGCUUAUAUGGCUGUAAACUAUGCAGGCGUCAAUUUUAAAGCAUCAUUGAUAAUUGUAUUUUAAUUGACAAUUUUUAACUAUUAUUUUAUGUUUCUCAACCGGCAAAUGCAUUUAAAAAAGUAGCUAACUCUACAAGCUAGAGACUAAAGCUAAAACAAAGUAAUUUUGAGAGGAAUGCCAAAAAGAUUUUAGGUUUUGAACAGUUUUCAUUGCAAAUACGUGACAUUGAAAAAAAUCGCCUCUUAACAAUAAAGUGAAGUACGGUACAGCGGGUCACACUAUAGUACAGUAUAGUACCGUACAGUACACUACACUACACUGCACUACACUACACUAUAACUAGAACAGUGUAGUACAGCAAAGUACAGUACAGUAUGGUACACUACAGGGGCCGGUUGUACGAAAGCCGGGUAUCGCUAUUCACAUAGUAUAGGGUACGUAUAGUUAAUUUUUUUUAAAUUGUCGGUUGAUUGGUAUAACCCCAAUUAAGCUUUACUAUUUAUAAAUUAAAGUUUCUUAUUAUUAAUUGUGAGGUCCAUGCAUAUAAUGGCUUUUCAAGCAUUUUUAAAAGGGUUGAAAAAAUCACCAUCCGGUGGAUAGCGUUAUCGUUCGUACAACCGAUCCCAGUAUAGUAACAUACAGUGCGUUACAGUACAAUAUAUGCAGUACAGUACACCAGCUACAGCAAGGCACGAUAUAAUGCAGUACAGCAAAGUACAGUUUAGCACAAUUAAGCAAAGGAGAAUAUGGUAGAAGAAAUAUAGAAACUCUACAGUACUGAGAACAGUACACACUGUACGGCACGAUACCUUCAUACGAAUUUGUAGUCAAGUGGUAUCUAUUCAUUGUGACCAAUUAAGCCCAUUCGUGCGAAUAACAUUUUCCAUUGUUGUAUUGGCAAGAACACUCGCAUAAACCAAAAGUCCUGUGGACAAAGUACAGCAUAAUGAGUAUAUUAUAUAAAGAUUCUCCAAUUCGCACGCGAAAACGGUGCCUGGUGGAAAACGGGUUUAGGAAACUGUAGUACUGCGAUUACCUCGAAGUGACUCGAGUAUAAAGUAGGUUGUAAAUUGCUAAUUCUUAUGUCCUUUGCCAUGUAUAUUUAUAUCCAGGUGUUAUAUACCAUUGACGAUGUUGAAACAGAGGAACUGUUUCCAGUUAAGGUAAGCCGCAUAUUAGCAUACACAAACUGUAGACAACUAUAUUAUGUAAUAUACAAUAAUAUAUUAUUAUAAGGUCCACAAUAUGCCUGGACGGUCACUGCACUUUGAAAAUAAACAAUGAGAGUGGCUGAAAAUUGCUUGCCCAGAAUUGCUUUGUUUGUGAUAAGGGCCGGUCAGUACACGUGACAAUAUGAAUAAAAUGCUUACUGGAAAAUUUCUUACAGGAAACAGUCACAAAAGCAGAAGAAUCCGAAUUUCAUCGAGUGUUUGGAGCAACCGGGGAUCAAGGUAAAAUAAUCAUUGUUUCAAAACAGAACCUGCGGCCCUGCGAUUCCGGUGCAGCGGUCUGAGCUACAGAGGCCAGUUAUCGAACUCUGACUGCAAGUCAUGUAUAUAUAUACACUAAGGUGAUCCAACAUGUAAGGUGUAUGGCCAAAUACGAAUGUAUUGGCUUCGUUAAUAUUCAUUCACCUUGACCAUAAAUCAGCAGACUAAAAUCGUAGCUUGUGCGCUCGGCUUAACUGUUGGCAAUAUUAAACGUUAAUACCAUACGAAGAACGGUCCUAACUCAAAUCCACUGUUAAAUAUCAGAGAGCUUGGGACUCAAUCGAGUCUGAGGAUGUACAGUAGCUCUUGUAGUUUAAACUUAUCAAUUUGCUUGUAGCAUCUUCAGAAGAAGUUCCAGACGAGGCUACAGCCUUUCAUAAAAACACGUCUUCGAAAGUUGUCCGUGAGGUAAGAAAGUUCAUGGGGAUGACGUUGGAGGAAUAUUCACACGUGGCGAGUAGUGGUUUUGAGAAGUGAAGUGUCAGGAAUAAACAUUUUAUAAUUUUAAAAUUACAGACCCAUAAGACGCUGGCCAAACAUUAUGCUUUGCUAGUUUACUUCAAAAAAACAAAUAUACGAUUUCCUGAAUAACUGGAGCGUACAAUAUCUUUAUUUUAAUAUACCCAUAAUCUCUAUUUCGUUCUUUACUUUCUUUUGAAUUUUACUCAGUCUUAGCAAUUCUUAAAGUUUAUUACAUUCACUUGUGAGAAAACUGAUACUAAAAUAAAAUGGACUAGCACAAUUUUUUACCAUGCAUGAUCGCUGGGAAAUUCAGUAUAAUUUAUGUAGUAUUACGAUGAAGAUUAGUGUUUUCAUUUGUGACUUUACAAGGCUCUAUCAAAGCUCGUAAUGGUUUUACAUUGUACCAUUGUGAGUCAAUAUGAAGCCGAGAUAAAAACCUUUUCUUUAUGGUCGCUAGAUAACAGCAAACCUCCUGUCUUCUGGCAUCACCCAGGGAAAGAACAUUGUAAUGUGGUUCUUAUAUACAUACAGUUCCGUUCACUUAUUCUUCACACUUUAUUGUUAUGAACGUAUAACUAAGUUUUGUUCGUUCACGGCAACCAGGUAUAUCAAUCAUGUUUUCGCUCGCUACUCUGGUUUAUAUAAAUGAAUACAAAGCCCAGUCGAAUUGGAAUUAAGAUCCAACGUUUCGACUCUCCAGUCUGGUGUCUUCACCUGAUGAAGACACUAGACUGGAGUGUCGAAACGUUGCAUCUUGAUUACAAUUUGACUGGGCUUUGUAUUCUUUUAUAUAAACCAGAGUAGCGAGCGAAAACAUGUAUAAUUAAGUUACACGAAAAUGCAGGUUAAUUAAUUAUUUUUAAAAUGUGUUCUAGAUGUUGAGUGCUCCGUCACAUGUACUUCCACCUGUAACAACUUUAUGUUCAAAAUUCCUUCAUUCUUUACUCAUCAGCAAAGAACCUGACAGGUAUGAAGAAUUAUUUAACGUUCAAAUCCACAGCCUCACUCCGAGUUCGCAGACUAUCAGUUUCUCCGCCGCUGAGAGGGAAAUGGGGAUUAGAGGUGAAUACUUGCCCCGUGCAUCCAACUUGAUAUAGCGCGACCUUGUCGUGAUUUGUUCGUUGGUGUCUUGCACCAUUUCCCUUCCAAUGUUUUACUAACUUGUAUACUGGUUUCACCUUGAACUUUUUAAGUUCCAACACUAUAUAACAUCACUUGCUGUUGGACAAGAUGUGUUUAGAAAAUACCUUUUCUUUUGGAUUAAAGUUCUUUUCGAUGCAAAAUAAAUUUGAACAAGAAUUUGUUCUUUAUGUCCUGCAGUGAGAAUCUUUGUCGUGAUAAUGAUGACAGUGAUGAUGAAGAGCCAGGUCAGUACAGAGGUUAUCGUUUUCAGAAAGUUUUGAUGUCGUGCGUUUUUCAUACGCACAUACACAUUUCGGAUCCAGUUUAAGUAGUUGAGUUCGCCAUCCAACUCUUGUGGAGGAAAGAUCCUAAUAGGAGCUGGUAACGUGAUCUGCUAAAAUCUAGCAGAUCUCUAAUUAACUAUCUUGGAUUCCUUUAAAAUCAAAUCAAAUCAAAUAAAACUUAUAAAUUGAAGUACAAAUAUCAAAUAUUUAUCAACAUCAUCGAUCACGUGACCAGCUUCUACCUGGGAACGAGGUUAUUCGCCAUCCUCCCACCAAAUCCUAUAGAUAGAUAGUCUAGGACCUGUAUAUGAGUUUGUAUGCGAUUCAUUUAGGACAGGUAAUCUCAACUGUUUUAGGGUAAAAUGACCAUGGCGGUCAACAUGGCAUAUAUGCGAAAACCUGAAUCCGGGACGAAAGUCCUGAAAAUGACCCUGCCCUGAAACGGCAGUGUCGACAUAGCUCUAACUUCCGAAAAGGAAAAGCGAUAGCCUUUCUGAAGUGCUUAUAGUGUUUAGAAGGGUUGCUUUUAGGGGUGGUCAUUGGAAGGAAAAAUUUGUCGAAGUAUAAUAUUUUACCAGAAAAUGACUAUGCACCACCCCAGGUAAAUUGCUGAUUAUGCACAAAAUAACUAAUAUGCAUGGCAGAAAUUAAAUAUUCUUAUUUCCUAAAAAAAAUUAUCAUGGGGUGAAAAACUAUGCUUAAUUUAAUAUAAAUAUUGUUGAUUUCAUAAGGAUUGUCAUUGUUUUCUUUAAAUAUAAUACAUUUUAUUUCACUUACCCCCCACGAAAACACGAUUUUUAUCGCCGAAUCUCGCAAAUAAACUAAAUAUAUUGUAUUUAUUGUAUUUUUAUGAUUUAUGACAAAACUACGCAAAUAUUUAUUGUUUUUAUUAUAAAUCAUAAAAAUACAAUAAAUGCAAUAUAUUUAGUUAUGUUUCUGUGGUGGCGAACAUAUUCGUGAAAAUAUUCAACCCCCCUGUCAUGUGUCCACGAGAAGUUUUCGCGAAGAUUGCGCGUGACUUUCAAAUUAUUUGUUUUUUUAUUUUGAACCUAAAUUGUAUACGGGAGGAUUUUUCCUUUCUAAUGGGACAAAUGUUGCCAAUUUUUGGAUAUAUUGGGACUAUUCUACAAUGAAGUACUCUUGGAUACUGUAAUCUAAAUAUAUAUGGAAACGAAGAAGUUGCAUUUAUCAGACAGAGAAGCGGCGAGCCAUUAAAAUGGCGGCAAUUUGGCGGAAUAUCGAAGGACACAAUAUCGAAGGUAAAAUACACUGCACUGUUACAAAAGUGGAUGAAACCUUCUUUGAAAUCUUCUUCAGCCAUUUAUGAUUAUGUAAAAGCACAAUAACUGGAUGAUAUUUGCGAGAUUCGGCGAUAAAAAGCAAACAAGACGGCAAAAUAUGGCUGAAAUCGUGUUUUCGUGGGGGGUAAGUGAAAUAAAAUGUAUUAUAUUUAAAGAAAACAAUGACAAUCCUUAUGAAAUCAACAAUAUUUAUAUUAAAUUAAGCAUAGUUUUUCACCCCCAUGAUAAUUUUUUUUAGGAAAUAAGAAUAUUUCAUUUCUGCCAGGCAUAUUAGUUAUUUUGUGCAUAAUCAGCAAUUUACCUGGGGUGGUGCAUAGUCAUUUUCUGGUAAAAUAUUAUACUUCGACAAAUUUUUCCUUCCAAUGACCACCCCUAAAAGCAACCCUUCUAAACACUAUAAGCACUUUAGAAAGGCUAUCGCUUUUCCUUUUUGGAAGUUAGAGCUAUGUCGACACUGCCGUUUCAGGGCGGGGUCAUUUUCAGGACUUUCGUCCCGGAUUCAGGUUUUCGCACAUAUGCCAUGUUGACCGCCAUGGUCAUUUUACCCUAGAACAGUUGAGAUUACCUGUCCUAAAUGAAUCGCAUACAAAUUCAUAUACAGGUCCUAGACUAAGAUAAGAGUCCGCAUCAACUAGUGCACAUUGAAAUUUUAAUUCGUUUUUUGAAAAUGUACAGUGUUGGUGGAGGCAUGUGAUACUAGUAACCUUGUUGAAAAAAACGUUGCACUUCCUCGAUCAGAUAAGUUUUGAUCAGCCCUUGCGCAGUUGAUUAGAUCGAUUUCUUGUGCCUGCUCCAUGAAAUAUUUGUCUUGAAGUUCGUGUUUAAUGGUUUGAGAUUCAGAUUUGAUUGGCUGAAAAUGCAUUACUCUACUUUCCUGUUUGUUUAAAUAAUAUUCGUUCAAGACAAGGCGAGGAAGAAACGUUAACAAGCAAAACUCAAAUGUCAAACCGUAAUUACGACUACACAUCAUGCUGGAUAUCGCAACCUUUUCUUUUGUCAUUAUUGAUUCACCUGAUUAAUUAAAAUUUCAUCCAAAUUAAAAUUUCAUGGCGUUGCUUUCGGACAUGGGAAAUAAAAGUUUGUUUUGGAUAAAGUACGGUGCACAAUUUUUUAUUAAAAACUAAUAAUGAGCUAUCCCCGCGUUUAGUCGCAUUACUCAAAAUUUUUAAUUUCCAUUUUUGUUUCUUGUGUGAAUGUACAAUAUUUUUAUACGAAUGCCACGCCACCCGCAUUAGUUACCAUAGUGACCUAUUGACUGUCUUCCGGUUGUACUGAAGACGUUGGUGUUUUCGGUGAUCUCAACUUCUGAAGCCAGCCCGAACAGCAGCCGAUUGUAAACACUGAACUUGUUGCUGUAUAAAUGAGCGGCAAAAUAACGCCAAAAACGUAAAUCAUUAGUGUUGAAAAUAGACACAGUCCUCUCGGUAAAUAAACACCUGAAGCGUCUAAACCAUACACUAUAAACACAGGUAACCAACAGAGAAUGAAAGCCAAUGCGAGGAUGAGUAGCGACUUUGCAGCACGAAUUGUCUGCCUGAACUCUAUAUCUGUUGUUUCUGUGUCCGAGCUUUGAGAAUUUAUACGGCGUCGGGUGCGUAAUGCAAUGUAGAGUCGAACUAAAUACACGACUGAGAAAGUUAGAGGUAACGCUAGUAAGCCAUACACGUAGAUUGAAGAGUAUGCUUUACUUGCAGUGAAUUCUAGGAAACAUACAGCAUUUCUUUCUAAGAAUUUGUAAUUUCCCCAACCAAAUAAUGGUGGCAAGCAAGCGAGGGAGGCGACUAUCCAAACUGCAGAAAUAGCUUGAAGACAUCUUUUUCUAUUCCAAGUUGUGAGGUAUCUCUUCGGAUAAGCAAAGAGUUGAUAGCGUGAAAAACUAAAUAACGCCAGUGUGUUUAUAGCAAUGGUUGCAAGGAGUGCGUUGAUAUAGCCAGAAAAAUUACACAUCGAUGUGUUCAUUGGCCAUUCGCCAUAAGCCAAAACUAUAAUUGUGAAUGUCAUACUAAACAUACUCGUUAUCAGAUCGAUAAUGAUUAGAUUUAUUGUGAAAAUAUUAUGCCAUGUUCGUAACAGAGGAUUUUUCCAGAUAUUCACGCAAGCUAGAAGGUUAAAAACGAUCGAAGAUAGUGCUAGUAAACUCACAAAACAUACUUCGAGAACGACUUGGUAUACUGGACGAGAUGAAAGAACCAUCUUUUUAAAUACACUUAUGCACUUUUCUUUAAACCAUUAUACAAAGAUUGCUUCUGUCUCGACUUACGACUAUGUACAUUGGCCUCGCAUUUUAAUUGAUUGACAUUUACUUGCACAGCUGCAUCGACAACAAGAACGUAUAAUUAUCUAUAACAGAUUUUCGCUGUUCUACAUAUUGGUUUUCUUUUCUAUAUUCGUUAUUCACUGUAUAGUGUAUAUAGUGAGAAACUCGAUGCAUCGAACCUUUCUUGUUUUGCAUUGGAUUAAACUUCCCGAUUGAAUUAGAUGUGGGGACGAAGACCUGGAAAGGAGGUUGGGGGGAAGCCUGUCAAGCAAUGUACUAACACGUCCGCAAUGCGCGUUUUCCACCGAAUCAAAACGUUAAUGUAUCAUGCCCAUGUCCUGUUUUUCAGUACAAAAGUAUAACACAGGGAAUGUUUGGCGGUGAUAUGUCUUCGCACAAAAUUUAGAAUGCAAAAUAAUGUUGUUUUCACGCGAUAUUUUAUGAAUACAUGAACGUAUACAAAAUGGAAUCCCAAAAUCUCGAUUGUCCCCCCCACCCCACUUUCACCAUCGUAACCUCCUCCCAACCAGCUGAGACCUCCUCCCAACCAGUUAAGAGCUGAAUCAGCUGAUUCAGCUCUUAACAAUCGUGAAUGAAAACCUUCACGAUCACCGUCUAUAAUGAGGUGUCGUGAGCCGGGUUCGAUUUCGAUCUGCAAGAUGUAGUUUUAUGUCAGUAUGAUUAUUUCACAUGUGACAAGAGUUAAAAUUAAUAUUCUAAUAAGAAGUUUUUAAACACACAACGCUAUUUCUAUUCAUUAUAUACUGUAUGACAUGUUGUCUUAUGUCUCCUCGUUGUAGUUAUAAAAGUAAACAUUGUUAGAGCGUGAAAUAUUAAAAUUUGUGUAAAGUUGACUAUCGGGGAAAAACAAGCAUCAAUUUCCAAUUUUUCCAAUCUAAAUUACGCAACUGUGCACGUUGAUAAAAUUUGUUGUAAUAUUUGUAAUUAAUACAGUCGUCAAUUUUGAUGUUCUGUGCAAUCAUUAAAAUUUAAAUUUGUGCAAAAAUUUUUCUCCUAAUUAGAUAUAUAGUUUUUUUAAACUUUUUAAAUUAAUUUUAUUUCCUCAAUAUAUUUUGUGUCUAUACGCCCUCGUAGGUGUCAGAGCUUGUGUAAUUGACUUUUUUGUCUAACUACUUGAUUUAUAGCACUUUAAGGGCUCCCUGGUUAUAAUACAGUUUAAAACAUGAUUUAUUAUAUAGAUCUGAAGUCAUCCUCGUGUCCCACGCGUGGCCUCAACCACAUAAUUUUAUUAAGUAUGAACAGAUAGAUGUGUAACUUCGGUAAAAAAUUGUCUCACGGUCAUCUUCCUAGCAAGUGUGCACGCGUGAUAAUUCGUCAUUUGGUAAUAUCAUUGGGUAACUUAAUGUUACGCCGCCAUCUUCCUAGCAAGUGUCAUGACGUGCACAGCUUAGGGAAAUUUGAGGACACGAAGUCGUAUGAAGUUACACAUCUGGUAUAUAUAUAAAUCUAUGCCUCAACAGACCACAAUGCGUCUCGAUUUCGCGUCGUUAAAAAGGUCUUCGAAUGAAAGCCAUAAAAACGAAGAUAAGCAACAAGGAUUUAUAAUUAUGGAACAGACGCUCUCGGUCUAUGAUCGUAAAAUUUUAUUAAUUCUAUAACAAUGAUUCUGGGAACAAAUCCAACCUCGUUCCAAGGUUCUUCCCUCUUAUGAAGAAAAAGCCUGGGAACGAGGUUGGGAACAAAUCAUGCCUGAUACAUUUCUAGUAGUGCGUCUGAUGCAAAGACCAGUCAUUCAUCUAUUACAAAGACCGGUCAUUCGUCAAACCAAAGUACGCACGCAAAGUCCUACAUACACGCCAUCUUGGAGGGUCCAAUUGCCAAAUUUAUACACAUGCUAUUUUCCAAAUUUAUGUAGACGGAUCAUAUAAAUCAGUCUCUUAUAAAACAUUUAGUGUCAUGCAUGCAAGAGCAGGUUAUAUUUAGGUUAGGAUAUUAAGUGCCAAUCGAUCUUUAAUAGUUAGUCACCGUUAUCUGUUGUAUUCUUCUCUACAGUCAUGGACACCAGUCAAGAUGUGGCGACGUCAGACGAAGACACUGCAGGCUCAAGUGCAUUGGACAGCAGUCUACAGGCAGAGUCAAGUGAAAAUGUUGAGGAAAAGAAAAGAACAAAAGAUCGUCAGCAAGACGAGACUGUGAAACAAUUGUAUGAACCAGACUUUGGAUGGAUGAAGAACUUAUUUAAAGAUAUGUCAUAACGUUGCCCUGCUACAGGGUGUGUACAGUUACCCCUUUCAAUCAUUUGCCAGACCAAUUUGUUUGGCUCUACACCGCUAAGGUUCAUUUACAUGAGAGUAAAACGAGUCGGUCAGUGUUGUUUCUAGCGCUAGCUAAACAUGCGAUCGCCUGAUUGCAGGUCAGCGCUUCCUAGACCAAUCCGACCAUUUCCAGUCCGAAUUUUGGAACAACACUAAUAACUGACAACUAUAGACAAGAUAGCAUCAUUGAAUGUGGAUUGCAUUUCGAAACACGCGAAAUUAAAUUUCGACUCUGUCUCAUGUGAACAUGCUGUACAAUGGACCCCUUCCUGAAAGUACUUAAAUUAACCUUGGUUAUACAGCCUCGUUUAUGUCACGACAUUGAAUUUAAUGGUUUCAGGAAUAUCUUAACACUUAAAAUUGUAAUGACAAAAUAAAACAAAAACUGUUAAAGGGGGAAAUUUUGUAAACUGUUAAAGGGGGAAAUUUUGUGGGCAGACAUAUGAAUUCUGAACGGCAAUGGCUUAAAUGUGUCCACUUGUAACAAGAUAAAAGGCUGUGAGUGGCUCAAUAUCUCAAAGCACGAAAACUAGGCUUCAUAGCCAAGGCUAUUUCAAUUUUCGUCCCGCUUCCACUUCCUUGGUCUCCUGUAAACGUGGAGCCAGAAAAAAGUGCAGCAGACUAUCGGCAUUUGCUACUUAUCACCGGGGCUUUACAUUUCUUUCCAUCAGCCCAUCACUUCGUGUAAGUUAUUUCUAAAUACUUAUGGUGACUGCGGAGAAGAGAGUAAUUAUUCCCAAUUAUUCGGUCAAACUACAAAAGGGAUAUUGUCCUAGUGGGAGAUUUGGACGAAUUCGGAACGCAAAUUUGACGGUUCGUUAAACAACAGUACUCUGUAUUUUAACUUUACUUCAAAUUAACAAUUUCACUUAAACUAUUUUUAAAUAUCAACAGUAUGGUAAUAAAAACCUCUAACAGUCCUAUGAAGACUUGUUCAUUUUAUUCUAUUUUGCAGAAUCAAUUUAGUCUUUUAACACAACUAGAGCAACAGCUGCAGGUGAACAAUUUUCCUGUAGAUGGGGUGAACCGGGAUACAUUUGCCUGUAGAGUAAUAUUUUGAGUAAUUUGGUUAGUUACAACAAGUACUGACUGUGGCAUGUCCACACAUACAGGUUGAAAGCUUAGAAAACAAUGUUUAGGAGUUAAAAAUCGCACUCUCGAAACAAUUUUUUAGGACCAGUGAGCUCUAUAUAUAUCUGGAGUAAGAACUUCAGUCAUUCGGCCAAUUAGAAAAGUGAAGCCAAGAUGGCGGCCAUUGACGUCCAAUAGCUCUGAAGUUCGUAAACAGUUUUUAUACCAUUUUUCUCAGCUAGUUUUUUCUAACCGACCGUAUCGCUAAACAAGUUAUCAGUUCAUAAAACUACAGUGUUAUUCUUUGAAAUGAAUCGAUGUUAAAAUACGAAAUUUUGGGCAUACUCCUUGGCAAGAUGAAGGAGCUAUUGGACGUCAGUUCCAGUCCCUUUCUAUUGUUUUUGUCUGCGCGGUUAACACGAAGCUGGCUUCACUUUUUGGACUCGAGUUCUCGCUCCAGAUAUAUAUGGAGCUCACUGGUUGGGACCAUGAAGAUUUCAGGUUUGCAACCAUGGAGAUUAUAAAUGACACUAGAGGAGGCAUUGUAAUCUUAAUUCAGUAAAAAGAAAGGGAACUCAGCUAUUGGGGGGCAAAUUCAAGUCCCGGAUGUGUAUUCAUGUUCCCAUUGGUGAGGAACACGAUUUUAUAUCCGGGACUUGAAUUUGCCCCCCAUUAGCUGCGUUCCCAAUUUUUAACCUCGAUGCCUCCUCUAGUGUUAUUUAUAAUCUCUAUGUUUGCAACAACGUUUCUCAGUUAGGGAAAUGGCCUUCAACCAAGUGAAACCAAGGAAGCGGACCUUUGUGAGGUAACCUUAUCCUGAUAUCUACAUCUCUACAUCCGGGAUAUAUACUAUCUCUACAUCCGGGAUAUCUAGGAACUGAAAAGAUGAUAUACAAUCCAUUAACCACGUGACAGGUGCGGUCCGUAGAACUGGGGAGUAGACGGUUUUAGGUUGAUCGCCUGACACUGAGUCGUAUAAAAUAAACUCGGUACAACACGACAGUGUGGAAUUAGCUGGAGCAUGAUAGGCCACUUCCGGUGCACGUGAUAGUGAUGUCACAAUAGGACUGGACGGCACUGAAGUCAAAUCAUCAUCUCUAACUUUAGGUUCUCUGUGUAGCAGCUUGCCUCCGCCCAGUUGGAUAAGCUUGAUAAGAUCUUGUUUACUGACUGUUGGAGGAUUGAACAUUCCACGGAGGAAAAAGGAACAGCCAUCCAAUAGACGAGGCAUCU